CGGAGAAAGAUUUUCCCGCCACCUCUGUGUCCCGCGUUGCUUGCUGAUGCUGGGAGUGGGCUGAGCGGCGCCAUGUCCAAGCAGAGCACUCUCUUCAGCUUCUUCACCAAGUCCCCUCCCGGGACCACCAGCAAAACCACCGCCAAAAAGAGCGGCUCCCCCACAGAGGCGGACGUGCCCUCCUUCACCAGCCACAAGUCAAACUCUUCUCCCAAAGAGUCAGCGGGGCCCCCGAAGCAUGGAGGGAAGACCCCCAGAGCUGCCACGCCGAGCGUUGUCUGCGAUUUUACACCUGGAGACCUGGUUUGGGCCAAGAUGCCAGGUCACCCAUGGUGGCCCUCCUUGGUGUACAACCAUCCCGGAGAAGACACGCAUCUGAGAGGAAAAGGGAAGUCCCUCCAUGUUCAUGUGCAGUUCUUUGAUGAACCUGUGACCAGAGGAUGGGUGGGAGCAAAGUAUAUAAAGAGUUAUUCAGGUUCAACAGCCCCAGAUGCCCAAAAGGGAGGGAUGUUUUUCAGCACCAGAUCCGAGAUAGUAAGAUCAAUGAAAAUGGCAGAUGAAGCAAUGACAGCUGACAAGGAGAAGAGACUGUCUCUGGCGGUGUGCACUGAACCUUCUGAUUCAGAGGAGGAAAUGGAGGUAGAAGAAAAUUCUUUAAGUGAGGAACCAACUCCCGAGCGAAAAAACAGACCAGUACGUCAAGCCAGGAGUGAUGGAAAGGCCAAGAGGAGGAGAAUUAUAGUGGCGUCAGACAGUGAGGAGGGCUCUGAUGAUGAGUUCAAGCCAGACACUAAGGAUUCUGCAAGCAGUGAUGAGGGCAGCAGUGGAGUAGAUGAAGAUGACGUGUCUGCACCUGAAACAGAGGACAGCCCAGUCAAGGUCCCUAUCAAACGCAAGAGAGGGAGUGUGUCAAAGCCUCCUGUUAAGAAUUUGCAGUGUGAGCUUCCAGAAACUCCAAAAAGAACGGUCAGUGUUUCCGCAGAAGCAAAGUCAAAGCUGUCAUCCUUUUCUGCCCCAGAAUCCUUUGAAUCACAGUCAAAUGCUGGCGGUACUGGUGGUGUCUCUACGUGGGACCAUGAAAAGUUUGAGUGGCUUCAAGAUGGGAGGAGGAAAGACUCAAAACGGAAGAGGCAAACUGAUGAAGACUAUGACCCUGGCACACUGUAUGUUCCAGAUGAUUUCCUCAAUAAAUGCACCCCAGGCGUGAGAAAGUGGUGGCAACUGAAAUCUCAGCAGUUUGACGCUGUCAUAUUUUACAAGGUUGGGAAGUUUUAUGAACUUUACCACAUGGAUGCUGUUAUCGGGGUGAACGAGUUGGGCCUGAUGUUCAUGAAAGGCACCUGGGCUCACUCUGGAUUCCCUGAGAUUGCAUUUGGCCGUUUCUCAGAUGUUCUAGUUCAGAAGGGUUAUAAGGUAGCCAGGGUAGAGCAGACCGAAACGCCAGAUAUGAUGGAAGCACGCUGCAAAUCCAUGUCUCACGCCACUAAGUUUGACAAAGUUGUGAGACGAGAAAUCUGCAGGAUUAUUACCAAAGGGACUCAGACCUACAGCGUGUUAGACGGAAGUCCUUCAGAGAGUCAUAGUAAAUACCUGUUGUGCUUAAAAGAAAAGAUGAACGGUUCUUCUAACCAGCAGAGAACAUACGGUGUCUGCUUUGUGGACACUUCAGUGGGAAAGUUUUAUGUUGGCCAAUUUCACGAUGACCGCCAUUGUUCACGUUUUAGGACCUUGGUUUCCCAUUAUCCCCCAGUACAGAUCUUGUUUGAGAAGUGUAAUCCAUCGCUGGAUACAAAGAAAGUUCUUAAAAGCUGCCUCUCCACGUCCAUUCAAGAGGGAUUAAAUCCUUCUCAGUAUUGGGAAGCUUCUAAAACACUAAAGCUCUUGGCUGAAGAAGGUUAUUUUGUAAAAGACUCCAAGGAAGGCCAAGACAGCGGCGCUUUGCCCCCAGUUCUUAAAGCAAUGACUUCAGACAGUGACUCUUUAGGGCUUACACCUGGCGAGAACCACGAGCUUGCUCUUUCUGCACUCGGGGCUUGCAUUUUUUAUCUCAAAAAAUGUCUCAUUGAUCAGGAGCUGCUCUCUAUGGCAAACUUUGAAGAGUACGUUCCUGUUGACCUUGACAUUGAAAGGGCCCAAACCUCGACCAGUUUCUUUGCUAAAACAAGCCAGCGAAUGGUCCUUGAUGGCGUCACCCUGACAAACCUAGAGAUUCUUCAGAAUGGGACAAACGGUUCCACAGAAGGGACCCUACUGGAGAAAUUGGACACAUGCUUCACUCCUUUUGGCAAGCGUCUUUUAAAGCAGUGGCUUUGUGCUCCACUAUGCAACCCGUUUUCAAUCAAUGAUCGGCUUAAUGCGGUUGAAGAUCUAAUGGCUACUCCGGGGAAAGUGUCAGAGGUUGGAGAACUGCUGAAAAAACUUCCGGAUCUUGAAAGACUACUGAGCAAAAUUCAUAGCAUUGGCUCUCCACUCAAAAGCCAAAACCAUCCAGAUAGCAGAGCUGUCAUGUACGAGGAGACCACCUACAGCAAGAAGAAGAUAGCAGAUUUCCUUUCUGCCCUGGAAGGUUUUAAGGUGAUGCGCGAAGUCAUAACGAUAAUGGAAGAUGCCAUCGAUGAUUUUAAGUCCAAUAUUCUCAAACAGGUGCUUAUUCUUAAAGAAAAAAAUCCCAAAGGGCGUUUUCCAGAUCUGUCCACUGAGUUAAAGCGCUGGGAUACUUCAUUUGACCAUGAGAAAGCUAGGAAAACUGGGGUGAUCACCCCUAAAGCGGGUUUUGAUCCAGACUACGAUGAAGCCCUGAGGGACAUUAAGACGACAGAGCAGAGUCUGGCUGAUUAUUUGGAUAAGCAGCGGAAGAGACUGGGAUGCAAGAGUAUAGUUUAUUGGGGGACUGCAAAAAACCGUUACCAGAUGGAAAUCCCGGAGAGUGUCACGGAACGCAAUUUACCAGAGGAGUAUGAAUUAAAAUCUACAAAGAAGGGGUUCAAGCGUUACUGGACAAAAGCCAUAGAAAAGAUGUUUGGUGAACUGGUAAAUGCAGAGGAGCGCAGAGAUGCAGCCCUUAAAGACUGUAUGAGGAGACUGUUCUAUAACUUUGAUAAAAAUUACAAAGAGUGGCAAACGGCAGUGGAGUGCUUUGCUGUAUUGGAUGUGCUUAUAUGCUUGGCGCAGUACAGCCGAGGUGGUGAUGGACCGGUUUGCAGGCCUGACAUUUUGUUACCUGAUGACAUCACACCAUUCUUAGAGCUCCGCGGGUCCCGUCACCCUUGCAUUACAAAAACCUUUUUUGGAGAUGACUUUAUCCCAAAUGAUAUUGUAAUUGGUUGCAAGGACGAGGAGGGCGAUGAAAACAGUGCCCACUGUGUGCUCGUUACAGGCCCAAACAUGGGUGGCAAGUCUACUCUGUUAAGACAGGCUGGUCUCAUCGUGGUUAUGGCACAGCUGGGAUGUUACGUGCCUGCAGAGGUAUGCAAGCUCACUCCUGUGGACAGAGUAUUCACAAGACUGGGUGCAUCAGACAGAAUCAUGGCAGGUGAAAGCACUUUUUUUGUGGAACUGAGUGAAACCUCAAGUAUACUACAGCACGCUACUGAGCAUUCCCUUGUGCUCCUGGAUGAACUUGGCAGGGGCACGGCUACGUUUGACGGGACGGCUAUAGCCAGUGCUGUGGUUAAAGAGCUCUCUGAAAGGAUUAAGUGCCGUACGCUGUUUUCAACACAUUAUCAUUCUUUAGUGGAAGAUUAUUCUCAUACGACAGCAGUGCGCCUCGGGCAUAUGGCUUGCAUGGUUGAAAAUGAAUGCAAGGAUCCCAGCCAGGAGACAAUAACGUUCCUUUACAAGUUUAUUAAGGGAGCUUGUCCGAAAAGCUAUGGAUUCAACGCAGCAAGACUUGCCAACAUUCCUGAUGAUAUCAUUCACACUGGUCAUAAGAAGGCACAAGAGUUUGAGUGUAACAUACUGUCUGUCAAGAUAUUCAGGGAGCUCUGCGGUUUACUGGAAAGAGACAUCUUGGACAGACAAGCAGUUGGCAAGCUCCUGGCGAUGAUGUAAUAACAUAUAAAAGUACAAACAGUGAUUUUUGGUGUUUAUUCACAAGGCUGGUUUUCACACA